AUGUCUCCACCAACACUCCUCGCCAUGGCCCAACGUGCUUGCAUCCGCGACCUCCCUUCCCUCUUCGAAGUCGGCGAUAUGCCAUACGACGUCGCCUACCCAAUCCUCCGCAAACUCACCGAUCCCAACCAACUCCGCCGCAUCGAAGAGGCCUCUCCACACAUCGCCGACCGCUCCAAAGACCUCUGGAUCUCCUUCAUCGCCCGCGACAUCCCAUUCUGGCGCGAGAAGCUGCUCGAACCGAGGAAUCCCCGAAGCUGGUGGAAGGUAUACCGCAAGAUGGUCCGAGAAGAAGCACAUGCCAAAGAAGAGCAGGAGGCGCAGCUGGCUGCAGCCAUGAAGGGCGAACAAAAAAAGAAGCAAGACAAUCAGCUGAACUUCGUCAACAAAAUCAUCAGCUACCCGAAGGGUGCUGACCUACCGCCUGGCAAGCAUCACGCACCCCAGCCGCCGAAGCCUAUUCGACCGAAGCUGAAGAAUGCGAAGACGGGCAGCGACGUGAUCAAUACCAUCAGGAAGGAGAGCAAGCUGGCAAGCACGAUGAAAGGGACGAACAGCCGCGCCCUGCAGCCAGUCAUGGGCAAGAUGGCGAAUGGUCAGUUGACCAGGAGGUUCUUCAGCAGCAAGUCACAGAUCCCACGGGCACCACAGAGCAUGAUCGAUCAGCACCAACAGGCGAAGAAGCGGCCGACCCCUUCUCCGCCGGCGCGAGUGGUGCCAGCAGCACCGAGGGUGGGCUCACAGCCCUCUUCGUCGGCCGGAGAAGGGUCGCGAAGCCGUCCUGCUGGCGCCGCCUCUCCGCCAGCCCAAGUGGUACCAGCGCCAGGCCCGCGCUCAUCUGCGCCUGUUCGCGUCUCGGAGAAGCCUGCCAGCCCGAGCCCGGCACCAACGCUCGUCCGCAAGCGCCCAGCGCCAUCAAUCUUCAUGCCGGCCAAGAAGCGCAAGGUCUGA